GCCCGGGGACGCCUCCCGCGCCGCGUCGGCGCAGUCUGUGGAGGGUUCUGCCGGGCUUCGUGUGCGGUGCUUCCCUCGUGGGAGACGCGGGCGAGUUGGGAGGGAGAGCCCGCACCCGAGAGGUGGAAGAGGACGGGCUUUAGGCUGGAAGAGCCGUAGAGGAGCCAUUUUUCCAGGAUGCCUGGUUUGGUUUUGUGUGAGCCAACUGAGCUUUACAACAUCUUGAAUCAGGUCACAAAACUAUCCAGAUUAACUGAACCCAACUAUCUCUGUUUAUUGGAUGUGCGUUCCAAGUGGGAAUAUGAUGAAAGCCACGUGAUUACAGCCCUUAGAGUGAAGAAGAAGGCAAAUGAGUAUCUUUUCCCGGAGACUCUGGAUCUGGAGUGUGUGAAAUACUGUGUGGUAUAUGACAACAAUACCACAUCCCUGGAGGUAAUCUUAAAACAAGAUGGAAAGGAUGUUGACGAGGACUCUGACGACAUUAAAGAAGGAGUGAAGCUUGGAACUGCCCUUGAGUGUGGCACAGCCCUGGCCCACCACACCCGCCACCCCAUCCACAUCCUGAAAGGGGGAUACCAGCUGUUCUCAGCCAUGUACCACUUCUUCCGGACGCAGAAGAUCAUCUGGAUGCCACAGGAACUGGAUGCAUUUCAGCCAUAUCCUGUUGAAAUAAUUCCGGGUAAGAUCUACCUGGGUGAUUUCAGGCAAGCGUGUGACCCUAAAAUUCAGAAGGAUUUGAAAAUCAAAGCACAUGUCAAUGUUUGCAUGGAGACAACACCAUUUUUUGAAGGUGAUGCUGACAAGCUUCUGCACAUCCAGAUAGAAGAUUCCCAGGAAGCGAAUAUUUCACCUUUUUUUCGUCAUCUCUGUCACUUCAUUGACAUUCAUCUGGAGCUUGGCUCUGUUAUCCUGGUCUUUUCCACUUUGGGUAUCAGUCGCAGUUGCACAGCUAUUAUAGCUUACCUCAUGCACGCGAGAGAGGAGACCUUGGAGAGGUCCUGGGUCCAUGUCAAGAAGUGCAAAAACAACAUGCGUCCAAAUCGGAACUUUGUGGCUCAGCUGUUACAGUGGGAGCAGGUUGUCCUCGGAGACUUCACCACAGACAUCUCUGAUCCACUCUACUGAUCUCCUCUGUGGCCAGCCACGGGUCCUGAAGAGCCUUGCUAGGGACUUCUUAUGGGUGGUGGGCCAGGAUGUGUAAUCACGUUGGUCUAGAAGCAGGGCCUUUGCUGCCCAGAGCCUCAUGUCAGCCUCCUGAUGUGGUUCUUUCUAGGCUUCUUGUUCACACCACACAGCAGGUGUACUCUGCUCAGACUGUGAAAACCCACAUUUUGGGGGCACCCUGGACACCCCUAUUACACCUCCUGAGGCUGUCCCUGGAGGAGCAUCUGGCAGCCCCACAUGUCCUGCGUGACUUGGAUCCUUUAGGGGCUGCUGGUGCGUGUGUGUGUGUGUGUGUGUAUGUGUGUGUGUGUG